UUUGUGCGUUUUGAGGAGGGAAAGGAUAAAUGUCCUUAUGACCCUACAAAGGGCUUCACUGGUUUUAUAAUAGAUGGUGAGAUGUACUCUGCCUCCCAGUAUGAGUUUCGCAACAUCCCUGAUAUACGACGCAACUUUCCCUUCCCCAACUUGCGGACAGAUGAUUCCCCAACACGAUGGCUACUGGAGUCAGAUUUUGUUGGCUCAGCGUUACUCAGAGAGAGCAUCAACAGCUCCAUUGGGGAUGAUGACAAACUCUACUUCUUCUUCACGGAGAGGAACACAGAACCGACAGCUUACUCCAGUCAGACCAAAGUGGCAAGGGUGGCCCGUGUGUGUAAGGAGGAAAAUGAUUAUCGUAUUGCCCCAGAUGUCUUCCCUCAGCCUUCAUGA